UUGGGUCUUCUUACUUCUUAGUUUUUCUACUCAACAUAGCAAAAUUUGUCACAUAAUCAUAUAACUGUCCAACUAUGUUCCACUUUGGGAGUUGAUAGCUGAAUCCAACUUUCUCAUUUUCUGAGAUUACCUAGGAAACAAUAAAUUUUCUGUUUGUCUGCUGAAAUGAUGAUCGUGUCUGCUCUAUUGACCUCUGUUGGUAUCAACGCUGUUCUCUGUGUGUUGUUCUUCACACUGUAUUCUAUAUUGAGGAAACAACCGAGCAAUUAUGAAGUUUAUGUGCCGCGCCUACUGGCCGAAGGAACUUCUAAGAGGAGAAGCCGUUUCAACUUAGAAAGACUAAUUCCUUCUCCAGGUUGGGUUGCAAAAGCCUGGAGGCUUUCAGAGGAGGAACUGUUAUCACUGUCAGGAUUAGAUGGUGUGGUGUUUAUGCGCAUUAUAACCUUCAGUUUGAAAAUAUUCACCUUUGCUGGGAUUAUUGGGAUCCUUGUGCUUCUUCCAAUCAACUGUUGGGGAAACCAGUUAAAAGAUAUUGAUGUUGCAGACUUUGUGAAUAACUCCUUGGAUGUGUUCACUAUAUCAAAUGUAAACAGUGGCUCUCACUGGUUAUGGGUCCACUUCAGUGCUGUAUAUAUUUUCACUGGAUUCAUAUGUAUACUACUUUUUUAUGAAUAUAGAUACAUAUCUUCCAGAAGAAUUUCUUAUUUAUAUUCAUCCAAACCUCAGCCUCAUCACUUCACCAUUUUAGUUCGCAGCAUUCCCACAUACUCCUCUAGCAGCAUCAGUGACAGUGUUGAGAACUUCUUUAAAGAGCUUUACCCUUCUACAUAUCUGUCAAAUGUGGUUAUUCGUCGUACAAGCAAAAUUCAAAGUCUCCUAAAUGAAGCAAAAAUACUGUGUAAAAGAGUUAUUCAAUUACGAUCAAAUCCCACUCAGCAGAAGAAUGAACGUGGUGGUUUUUUGGGACUUUUUGGCCCAAAAAAUAAUCUCAUAGAGCAUUAUGAAAAGAAGUUAGAGGACAUUGAGGAGAAUGUAAGAUUGAAACAGUCAGAGGCUUCAUUGGCAGGAGGAGAAGUUCGAGCUGCCUUUGUGUUAUUCAAGUCUCGUUUUGGUGCUGCAACUGCUUUCCAUUUGCAGCAAUCAGUCAAUCCCACACAGUGGAUUACUGAGCUAGCUCCAGAACCUCGUGAUGUUUACUGGCCCUUCUUCUCUGAAUCAUUCAUGCGAAAAUGGAUUUCUAAGUUGGUGAUUGUACUUGUGUGUGCUCUUUUCACUAUUACAUUUCUUAUACCUGUAGUAAUCGUACAAGGGCUUACAAACCUGAGCCAAUUGGAAAUUUUGUUUCCCUUCUUGACAAGCAUUCUAACCAUAAACAUUGUGAGUCAAAUAAUUACAGGAUACCUUCCAAGCCUUAUUCUUCAGUUGUCCCUGAAACUGGUGCCUCCUGCUAUGGAGUUCCUUUCCUCCAUUCAAGGGUACAUCUCACAUAGUGAUAUAGAAAUGAGUGCAUGUAAUAAAGUGCUGUGGUUCACAAUAUGGAAUGUAUUUUUUGCAACUUUAUUUUCUGGCUCAAUCCUAUCUAUGCUGUCUGUCAUCCUUGAUCCCAAGGGCCUUCCCGGGAAGUUGGCAGUUGCAGUUCCAGCACAGGCUUCUUUUUUUAUCACAUAUGUUGUCACAUCAGGAUGGACAAGUGUGUCAUCAGAACUCUUCCGUAUAAUUCCUUACAUUUUCAGUUUGAUAACAAGGCCGUUCAAGUGUCCAGACGAUGAAUUUGACGUUCCAUCUCUUCCAUACCACAGGGAUAUGCCAAGGGUCUUGUUCAUGGGACUUCUUGGUAUUACAUAUUUCUUCCUAGCUCCACUAAUUUUACCAUUCCUCUUGGCCUACUUUUGUCUUGCAUACAUCAUUUAUCGAAACCAGUUUAUAAAUGUAUAUGCACCAAGGUAUGAAACAGCUGGGAAAUUUUGGCCUAUUGUGCACAAUUCAAUGAUAUUUUCGCUUGUACUCAUGCACACCAUUGCAGUGGGAAUAUUUGCAGUGAAAAAGCUUUCUAUAGCAUCCACCUUGACGAUUCCUCUACCAGUCCUCACACUUCUCUUCAACGAGUACUGCCGAAAAAGAUUCCUGCCCAUAUUUGUUGCAUACUCUGCAGAGAGUUUGAUUAAGAAGGACAGGGAAGACCAAAAUGAUGCUACAAUGACAGAGUUUUAUGACAAUUUGGUGAAUGCUUAUAAAGACCCUGCACUGCUUCCAAGUCACUUCUCAUCAAACACUGACAGUCUUCGCAGUCCCCUUAUAUCUCAAACUUAAUGCUGAGGCACAAUGCUAUUCAAUAUAAGAGAGGUGUGUGUGAUUGAAUAUUCAUAUUUCAAGAGUAAUGAAGUGAAAAGGAGCUUGUAAAUGCCUUUGUGGGCAGAUAGAAAACUCUUGAAUUCCAACAUAAUGGUCGAUUGUUAUCAAUGUCCUAAAUGAAGAGCCUAAAACUUGCAUAUAGUAUUAAACUUAUCUUUUGCCUUGAUUUGUGUAUAUCGAACUGAUUGUGUAUAUGAUAUGUCUGCGCCAAAGAGGAUGCUUAAUU